AGCUGGAGGAGAGUGAGUGGAGAAGCAUCAGAGUUACGCGGGGGUGUCAGGAGUAAUCCUCUCCUCUGACCACCUUAUGCAUUUCCAGGAUGAAUUUUAAUGUCAGCACACAGGGCGAACAGAUUUAGGGGAGACAAUGCCAGUCCUGCGCCGGCACCAUUUUUGAAGCCCAAGAACCGCAAUUUUAGAGGCGUCCACGGACAAAUCACAUUAGCAGGCAUCGACACCUCCAGCUCACCUCGUCGGGCGAUGGAGGUCUGCCGUUAAGGGCUUGGGGGAACCGGAGUCCGUCGGAAUUUCGCCAAAAUUACGACGGGAAUCAAAUACAGCUCCCUGUCUCCCUGCAACGGGAGAGACCACCGGCCGCUCGUUAUGUCUCGUGCCAAGGAGCGACUGAAAGGCGGGAAUGAGACCAAGGACAGCGUCACUCUGCUGCCGUGCUUUUAUUUUGUAGAGCUCCCUAUCCUGGCCUCCUCUGUUGUCAGUCUUUAUUUCCUGGAGCUGACCGAUAUAUUCCAGCCGGUGCAUUCUGGGUACAGUUGCAAUGACCGCAGUCUGUCUCUGCCCUACAUCCUGCCCAGACAGGAAGUCUGCACACUGCCUCUGCUCUUCAGCUUGGCCUUCGCCGCUCCCACCGCAACAAUUCUGAUAGGAGAGGCCAUUCUGUACUGCUAUCUAUCCAGGAGGUCAUCAGCCACACAGACGGAGGCCAACAUCAACGCUGCAGGCUGUAAUUUCAACUCCUACAUCCGCAGGGCUGUACGCUUCAUAGGUGUCCAUAUCUUCGGCCUGUGUGUGACAGCACUGAUAACUGAUGUUCUCCAGCUGUCCACUGGUCAACACACACCCUAUUGGUUGGAUGUGUGUAAACCCAACUUGACCCACAUUAACAUGUCCACCUGUGAUGAAGCUUUUAUUCUGGAGGAUAUCUGCUCUGGACAAGAUGCUGGGCUCAUCAAUGCUGGGAGGAAGUCUUUCCCCUCCCAGCAUGCAACUCUAGCUGCCUUUGCUGCUGUCUACAUCUCAAUGUACUUCAACGCAGUGCUGACGGACUCUGCCAAGCUGCUGAAGCCUCUCCUGGUGUUCUCCUUCGUCAUGCUGGCCAUCCUGGCCGGGCUGACGAGGAUCAUCCAGUUCAGAAACCAUCCUGUCGACGUCUACUGUGGAUGGUUACUGGGAUCUGCCAUUGCUGUUUAUCUGGGUGUCUAUGCGGUGGGGAAUUUUCAGCCCAGCGAGGAUCGGUCCAGAAGUCGAGCACCUACCCCCACCCUGAGAGAGCCCCACCUCUCCUCCCUACCCAAUGUCAGUCAAUCUGCGAUUAGCAACAGCCACCAAGGUCACCACACCCUGGCUCCCAGCCAACCAGAGCCCAUCAUCACAAGGACCUCCUCCCACACAUUGUCCCCCAACCAACCAGAGCCCAUCCUGACACGGAGCGCCUCCUACCGAGAGCCGUCUCUGUCCAAUCUGAAGCGAGCGAGUGCUGAGGUGGAGGUGAUAACCCCAUCUAGUCCUCUGGGCAACCAUGACAACAUGAUGACCUUUAGCAGCAGCACACUGCCAAGGUCCCACGGAGGCUCCUCAUUGGAGGAGGGUCGCAUUCCACGCCGUCAUGCCUCCAUCCACACAUCAAUGGACUCAACCCGAUCCAAACAGCUGCUCAGCCAAUGGAAGAAUAAAAAUGACAACAGGAAGCUAUCCUUGCAGGUGAUGGAUGGAAUAAGACCAGCCUCCUCCUCAUCUCCUCAGAGGAACAUGGAACUGCGCUGCUCUUCUGAACCUUCUGCCAUGGGCCUGGAGGAGCACCGAGGUGUGAUACACCUGCCUUCCCUUAUCGCUUUUCAGGAAACAGAGCUCCGUGCUGGGGCCCACAUCCCAGCUCAGUACAUGAAACUAGCAGCAAGCUCUGUUCCUAUGGCCAAUCAUAAUCACCUGAGCCAUAAUGGCAGCACUGGAUUGACUGGUGGGGCCAGAGUGUCUAUCCAAUCCCGACCUGGAUCCUCCCAGCUGGUUCACAUUCCUGAGGAGGAAAAUCUCAAUAGCAAGGAUCAGGAAAGUGAAUCCGAGGACAGUAUUAUGGAUGGGGGUGGGUCAGUGAGAGAAAAGUGGCUCAGAGUGGCUGAGAAGACCACCAUCCCCUGCAGGCCGCUAAGUGCUGGAGGACAGCCUCGUCUUAUGCAGGUGAUAGCCUUAUCUAAACAGCAGGGUCUGCUUUACUCUCCUCGGUCUGAGGAUGGUGGCAGCACAGUCAGCUGCACCGGAUCCAUUCGGUACCGAGCCCUGACAGACCAGGACCCAUCACCACCGGCCUCCACCACCGGAGCAAUGGGAGGAGGAGGAGGUUUGGAAAGAAGUGGCAGUAUAGUCCGUGUUGAUGCCCACCCAGAAUCCAGAUCAAACAAACCUGUGGUGAAACCUCCGAGCACCGACGGAAGUGGCUCCUGGCGAUGGAAACCACCAGAUCAACGCGCUUCGCUCCAACAGUCAGCUUUCGCCCUCAACGACUUGAACAGACACACAGACAGCUGUGAUUCGCUGAGGGAUGGAGAGUCAGUGGAUGGGCGGAGGAGCGUGACAGGAACUGAAAGUGAGAGCGAAGGGGGAGGAGAAGGAGGAGGAAUAGGAAUGGGUGGUGGGGGAGGUGUAUACACAAACCACCCACAUGUUGUACACCCUUUACAUCCUUUACAUCCCAAUAACCCCAACAACUUCCAGCAACCCAAUUUUAACCCCAACAAUCCCAACUUUAAUAACGCCCACUUUAACUUCAACCCCAACUCUGUCAACUUCAACCCCGACUCUGCCAACUUCAACCCCAACUCAGCCAACUUCAACCCCAACUCUGCCAACUUCAACCCCAACUCUGCCAACUUCAACCCCGACUCUGCCAACUCUGCCAACUUCAACCCCAACUCUGCCAACUUCAACCCCAACUCUGCCAACUUUAACCCAAACUCUGCCAACUUCAACCCCAACUCUGCCAACUUUAACCCAAACUCUGCCAACUUCAACCCCAUCUCUGCCAACUUCAACCCCAACUCCGCCAACUUUGACCCAAACUCUGCCAACUUCAACCCGAUCUCUGCCAACUUCAACCCCAACACGACCAACUCCAACAUGCCGUUUACCCCCACUGCCAACUUUGCUCCUCCCUUCCACCCCCACCCUCAGGCCAUCACCACCAUCAGGGUCACCCCGGUGGAGGUAACGGCAGCCAGCAGCGACGGUGGCUCUGACUGCCAGUCGGUUGCUUCGUCCAGCUGUGAGUCCACCCUGCGGAGGAAGAGUGGCUCCCAGUACGGCCACGUCCCCGAUCGAGGGCCCACCCCCGACCUCCACAAUAACCACCGCCUCUGUGACGACAGUAACCGCCUCGACAAUGAAAGCAGCAACCGGUUCCAUGAAAACCUUCGAAGUUUUCAAGAGAACCCCAUCCACCCUAAUCACCCCAAUCACCCCAACAGGCAGUUGCAGGGGAUGUUUGGCCGUCCCAGCCCAACCCCUCCCCCUACCUUACCACGCCCCAUCCUGAGUCACACUCCGCCUCCUACUCUGGGGUUGGCCUAUAAAGAAUGACACUCCCAGUGUUAAAUUGAUUAAUCUUUACCUGUGAUAAAAAAUGUGUCCAUGGCCAGUACAGCAUUUCAAUGGUGAUGCUGCAUGGGCCAUUCAGAACUUUAGAUUGGGCCAAAAAUGAAAGGAAAUUUGGAUACUCUGUCCACCAUCAUGGGUAAGCCAACAGGGGAUGGCCAAAAGCAUGUUAGUGCCUACCGCAACAUCUCACCUGGCCAAUUAGGGUACAAUAUAUAGCACCCCAGCUGUUUAGUACCCAAUCGAAUAAAUAUUAUGUUUUACAAGGAGAUGUACUGUAAGCUUAUUAAAACUUAUUAGCAAGAGGUUCAUGAUCCUCCUUGGGUCAAAACCCAUUGAGAGCACUACAAAUUAACUCUGCCCAAGAUCUCCCACUGGUCAAUAAGAAAGGACUAUAGUCGCGGCCCAACAUAAGAGGAGGAAGCUUGAUUCAACAUUCUUUCUUGUGUUUAUUUUUUUAUUUGGAUGACUUUGUAAAUGUAAUACAUUGAGUGCACUUGGGCAUAGGCAUAGGCACAAGGAUAAUGGGCUAAAUAAACUGCUGAUCCCUUGACUUACUCAGAGGCUCCAGCCCCCUCGGUCCGUCCAAUAUCUCCCUCCCAGUGAGGUUGGAAUCAGCCUAAUGACUCUCACCCUCUUUCCUCUGACUGCUAGGUCAGUUGUCAUUGGGGUAACAUUCUUAUCACAAUAUUUAUACAUACGGUAUAUUCUUAGCUCUUAUCUUUUAUUAAAACACAGAUACCAAUAUUGAUACAUAAAGUUUACAAUGUAACCACAUGCCAUUAGAUGGAAAUUUGCAUUCAAAGCCCAUAACUGUGCUGUGUUUGUACAUAUGAAUGUGGGUGGCCACAAUGGAAAUUAAACCCACAGUCUUAAUUGUGUCUGGGCUACUUGGGAGUCCCUUUUGGGCAAUAGCAGUAUCUCUUAGUUCAUGGUGGAGUUGUGUUUGUGUUGGAUACGAACAAUAUCACAGGACAUACCUUUUGUUAAAAUAUAGUUAAACAAUCGUUCUAUUUUCUACAUGCUGUGAUUUAAUUGAUGUACAGUAUAUGAAUUAUUCUGACUGUGUAGUAGCUGUUCUGUACACUGGCACAUUCGGCAUGUGAGUCAUCUGAACAAACUUGGACCAUACACAAGUCCAAACAGAUGUUUUCUUUGUUUGGUUCAUUUGAUCAGCUCAUCAUGUCUCCCAGUAUUACAGUAUGGGUGUCAGUACCAAUGACAUUAAUGGUAAUUGUUGGGGAAAAAGAAAUCUAAUAUUUUUAGCAUAAAGUUGUGAUAUUUUUUGAAAAAAAGGUUACAAUAUGACCAGAUAAAGUUGUAGUUCUAUGCGAAAAAAGUCAUAUUAUCUGAUGAGUAUAGUCAUAAUUUGGCAAAAUAUUACAAUAAUGAAAUGUAAUAGAACAAGAACUUACAAUACAAUACAAUAUUUAAUGAAUACAGUCAACAUUUUACAACAAAUGUUUGUAAUUUUGAGAAAACAAAGGCAUACUAUUGAAGUAAUAAAAGUAAAAGUAAAAUCAAUGAAAAGGCAUUACAGUACAAAAACGUCAAAAUGUAACAUGAAUAAAGUGUAAUUUUGCAAAAAUUAACAAUACAAUACAAAUUUCCAAAAGACUAUUUUUAAGGAAAAAUUACAAAGUUAUUUAUUCUAAUUUUAAAAACGAAAAAAUUAUAUUACUACAAGAAUAAUGUCUUUAUUUUAGUUUUUAAUACUUUAAAAUCUGUCAUAUCUGGAGAAAAACAAAAUUGUGGCUCCACAAUCUAAAUUUGAUCAAAAUGCCAAUAUGGCCGACUAUAAUUUUCAGAAUCCCUAGUGGUUCAAUAUUUAAUGGCAAAAUAUGAGUCAAAUUACCAUUUUUUUAAUCGAAUAAUGUUGUGCUAUAGAGAUUUCCUGGCCUGCACAUUAUAUUCUACAGACCUCUUUGUUUGAUACAGAUCCCUUCAAAAUCACACUAUAAUCAUUUUUAUAUUGUUUUCAAUAAAACUGAAUCAUUCCCUCUAAUGUCAAAAAUGAUAUCACAAUUGCACGAUUAGUCAAACAGAAGACUUGACAUGUCUGUCCUAAAAUCUAUGAUAAAAUCAUGCAGACUUUUGAAAGCUAUAACCUUAGAACCUCAAUAACCCAAUAAGUAGGCUGACAGCUGCUCUCACCUGUUUACUACCAUCAAAUAUUAAUAGUAAGUUUUCUUCGAGGAAAAUCAUAACUUUCUUUCAUAAUAUUGUGAAUUCUCUUCUGCCAAAAGUCAAACUUUCUUCAAAUGUAGAUCUUUUUUGUGAAACCGGGACUUAAUUAAGAACUUUUUUUCUUGUACACUUACAACUUUAUUUUGAACAUAUAUUCUCACUCAUGUAUUCUUGUAAUCAGUAUUUUCCCUGAACAGACACUAUAUGUCAUAUCUGUACCACGCUUUUACAACUUUGCUUUUGUAUUUUACUUGUGUGUUUGAAUUCAUGAAGUAGACAAUUGUGAUAUUUCUACACCAUUAACAUACCAACAUUUUAA